UUUCUCACUUAAUCUUUAUAACAAUCCUAACAGAUAAGAAUUAUUAAUCCCAUGUAACAAAUGAGGAAACUGCAGCUCAGAGAAGUUGAGAUAAACCUGCAAAGAGGAACAGGAAGGACAGCAAUGAGGUAACUCGUUUCCUCCCCAAGAGUCCACCCACUGUUGAUGCCCUUGCUUCUGGUUUUAGAACUGCCGGGACAUGGACAAUCAGACCCAAGUCUCCGAAUUCAUCCUCCUUGGCCUUUCCCAGCAGCCCCUGCAGCAGCAGGCGCUCUUCGGGCUGUCCUGCAGCCUGUAUCUGAUUGGGUGCCUGGGGAACCUGCUCACCAUCCUGACCAUUGUCUCGGACCCUUACCUCCACAGCCCCAUGUACUUCUUCCUCAGCAACUUGUCUCUUCUUGACAUUUGCUUUACCUCCACCACCAUCCCCAAGAUGCUGCUGAACCACCUCUGUGGGAACACCACCAUCUCCUUCGCCGCUUGCCUGGUCCAGAUGUAUUUCUUCAUCGCCUUUGGGGGCGCAGACAGCUUCCUUCUCUCAGCCAUGGCUUACGACCGCUACCUGGCCAUUUGCUGCCCUCUGCACUACAUGACAAUCAUGAGUGUCCUUCGGUGUGCCUUGCUGGUGGCGGUACCCUGGGUCUUGGUCAACCUCAUUUCCAUGGUCCACACUAUUCUGAUGACCCGCUUGUCCUUUUGCACCAAUAGGAUCCCACACUUCUUCUGCGACCUCAACACCUUAAUCAAGCUCUCUUGCUCUGAUACGCAAGUCAACGAGAUGCUGGUGUUGGUGCUCGGGGGCUCAGCGGUUCUGGUCCCUUUUGUGUGCAUCGUGGCCUCUUACACGCCUAUUGCUGUGGCUGUGUGGAAGGUGCCCUCCACCCGGGGGAAGUGGAAAGCGUUCUCCACCUGUGGCUCUCACCUUUCUGUCGUCUUUCUCUUCUAUGGGACUGUCAUUGGGGUCUACUUCAACCCCACAUCCACACACACCACUCAGACAGACAUGGCAGCCUCCAUAAUAUACACCAUGGUGACCCCCAUGCUGAACCCCUUCAUCUACAGCCUGCGGAGCCGAGAGCUGAAGAGGGCCCUCAGGAAACUGCUCAGCAAGAACCACUUUGCUAAGUCUGUUUGAAGACUCUUCUUAUACCCAACUGCUUUUGAAAUAAACUAAUGCUUCCCAAUGUUAGGGCUCACGGUGGCUUUUCUGUCUUAUUUUUCUUUUUUAAAGGUAGAAACA